UUUGAAUGCAAGGCCCAGUGGCUGGGCAUGGCUAUACUGAUAAGAAAAUAGAAACCAUAAUCCUUAUGACGUUUGGUUUGAUAUUUGACGUCAUAGCCAUAGUUUUGCGGUCUGGUCACGAUUAUCUGAGGCGCGUUUCAAUAUUGAGAUGAGGGAGUAUUUGGUCUUUUGUGAUCGCUUUUCAAUACAUCUUAAUGACACAAAGAAUAGUUUAUCUCUUAAUUAACGACAAACUUUGAUAAUCCUCUAAGGACGUUAGCAAUUUCACGCAAUUUUUAGAAAAGAAAAUUUUUUUGACAAAUCAAUACCAGGCGGAAACUUACAGCUCAAAUUACACUUCCCCAUAGGCUAAUAUUUUGAUUAACAUUGUCGUGUAAAGAGCUAAGUACUUGUAAGGAAUAUGUUGUUAGUUAUCAUUUAGGCUCGUUCGUUGAUCAAAAACUGUUCGUUGUCAUUACCAUACGGCAUGAAAUGUAUUAUAUGUAAUAAUAAUUAGGCAUCGCAAAACUCCGGCAGUCAUUCGGUAAUAAGGCUCAUUGUCUGCGUUUAGUCAGCACUUUGUCGUGAUAACAGCGAAAGAUGGCACAUGGCGCUUGGAUAUUUACAACAAUAAAGAUCAUUCUAAUAACCUGCCAUCGUUCAUCAGCCGAAAUAGGAAAUUUAUUGGACAAAGACGUAAAGACCUCGUUCAAACCACAUAACGAAAAGUGGAGCUUGUUGGAUUCAAGGUAUUAUGUUUGCAAUUCUGAAGAUUGGUUGAAAAGUAAAAAAGUGCUCAAUACAACUGGCAUAAAGGAGCUUUACAUUAAAGUAGUUUAUGUUUAUCGAAACAAUACUUCAAAAAGCCUAUUGAACAAUAGUGCUUUUCACCUUGGCGCUCUGGACGCUUCCAUAAAAACACCUGUCAAUUUUUCUAUGGUUAAUGGAAAAUGGAUUAAUGAAAGCUACAUAUCUACUACACCUUUGCUAAUAAAUUCAAAAGCACUUCGUAUUUGGAUUGCACCAGAAAAAAACUUUGGCGGCAGUUGUAUGUUUGUUUCCAGCGUCGAAAUCACAUAUAAAUACUGUAAACAAAAAGAGCGUCUAUCAUUUGCAAAACUUCCACAAACAUUUGCUCCCCCACACGGAGCUGCAGCCAUUCGAGUGCAGGGACAUUGUAUUUAUAGUUCACAUAAGGCUGUGGCGUUUUGUAGUAGUGCAGGUUAUUGGCUCAAUGCAACGUUUCCAUGUGACUGUGCUCCGGGAAAAGUGAUGAUUUCAGACCGAUGCACAGUUCCUUCGUUUGUCAGCGAGCUGCAAGUUGUUCGAUUGUCAAACACGGAGGCACGACUAUCAUGGAAAAAAAGGUUUCCGAGAAACAUUAUUUACAAUAUAGUUUGCUAUCAAUGCUUUGGGAAAUAUUGCAAUAAAAAUUGUCCGCCAGGGGUUAAUGUGAUCGACAAUACAAUGGACAAGUCUAGUAAAAUUGCAACGUUAUUAAAGGCUUGAAAGCUGGUGUUGAAUACAAGUUCACCAUCCUUGCAAAAUUAAAGGAUGUC